UGGAUUCUCCUUAAAGCGCACAAAAUUACACACAACAAAAUCGAUCAAAGAGGCUAAGGACUAAGGAGGAAAAUGAAAAAGCUAAAAUUUUUAAAAUUAUAAAAUUUAUCUUUUACUAUGUUCAAUUUUCUUUUUUUACAGUAUUCCCUCUGCAAUUUUUUAAUUAACCAAAAAAAACCCUCACCCCAUCAACUUCCGCUUUCUCGUUCCGGGAAAAAACUCCGAAAACCCUAACUUUCUCUCGAGUAAAAUCUCCUCCUCCCUCUCUCGCUGAAUCCACCUUUCGUUUCACGUUUUAUGGCCUUUCGCGUGAGUCUGUAGGUUUUCAAUGGUGUGAAAUCGAGGCCUUAGACUAAGAUUUGAAGGAUCUGUUUCUGUAUAUUUAGGUACAUAGAAUAUAUAUUUUUUCAUAGAGAAAAAAGCUAUGACGGCAUCUGAGAAAGAGCUGGAGCUACAGUUAAUGGAGGCUGGAAACAGGCUCGUCGAACCCCCGUCGUCAGUCGCUGAGCUCAUCCCUCUCCUUGACCUUUACCAUUCUAUUUCUGUUCUUGUGGAGCAUUAUAGCUGUAUAGCAAGUUGAGAGUUGUCUAUCAAGGGUGGAACAAUCACCAAGCCAAUCAAUGCAAAAUGCACUGUCUCCAUCACUCAAAGCAUUGGUAGCAGAGCACCUGUUCAGACAUCCUGAUGAUGAUGUAAAAGUUGCAGUUGCUGCUUGCAUCAGCGAGAUAACAAGGAUAACUGCACCUGAUGCUCCUUAUGAUGAUGACCAGAUGAGGGAGGUUUUUCAACUGAUUGUGUCAUCCUUUGAGAAUUUAUCUGACAAGUCCAGCCGUUCAUUCAUUAAGAGGACCUCGAUUCUUGAAACUGUUGCCAAAGUCAGGUCGUGUGUGGUGAUGUUGGAUCUUGAAUGUGAUGCCCUUAUUGUUGAGAUGUUCCAGCAUUUCCUCAAGGCAAUAAGGGAUUAUCAUGCAGAGGCAGUCUUUACAUCGAUGGUGACUAUUAUGACCCUUGUGCUGGAAGAAAGUGAAGAUAUCCCUACAGAGCUGCUCUCCCCAAUCUUAUCUAGUGUAAAGAAGGAUAAUGAGGAAGUUCUUCCUGUUGCUCGGAAGUUGGCAGAGAAAGUGCUUGAAAACUGUGCAUCAAAGCUUCAACCAUACCUAACCCAAGCUGUAGAGAACUUGGGAAUUUCUUUUGAUGAUUAUAGUAGUAUAGUUGCUUCUAUAUGUGGGGCGACAGCUGGUGCUGUAGAGCGGGAUGAUGCUGCUGUUGGAAAACUUGCGGAUGAUGAGAAAAUACCAGCAGAGGCACCUUUGGAGAACGCAGCCCAGGGGGAUAAAAAGAUUCCUAAAGAAGCAGUUUCAAUUGAACAAGUGGCCCUUGUAAAUGAAAAGACUCCCGUGCCAGUUGCUUGCAAUGGCAUUAUGCAAACUGCUGAUUCAAUCUCUGUAAAGAAGCAAGAGGAUGAUCACAUUGCUGAUAAGUCCGAGAAUGAAACAUCAACUGUGGCUGAACCUGAUUUAUUGGAAGCUGAGAAAGUGGUCGAUCCAGACCCUAAGUUAGAGCAAAGUACCCAGGAAAAGGAGAGGAAAUCUGAUUCAAAAUUAACUGAACUUUCUGGCAGCUCUCAGGUUGAUGAGAAGGAAGUUGAGACUAUACCGGAUCGUAAACAUGACUGCAAGGAUGGUGAUGGUUCUCAAUGUCGAGAUGUGUCUGUUGAUGGGGAUGUAUCCUCUGAAAAUAGAAGAGAGACAGAUUUUCAGCAUUCCUCUCCAAAAGCAAUUGAGGAUAAAUCGACUGAUGUUGCUUCCCCAACACCAAGUGGGACUGUAAUUGUUGAUGGUCAUUCCAAAAGGGUAUCAAGGCCAAAAAAGAAAGACAGCGUAAACAAGGAGACAACAUGUUCUGUUGAUGACUUCUCUAAGAAGUCGCAUGAAGGGACAAGUGAUUCUGAAGCAAAAUCAAAUAGACAAUCAGGAAAAAAGGGUUCUACUGUAGUUUCCAACGAGGAUAAUGCUCCAGUUAGUGUAGAUGAAACUAAGAAAGAAAGUGACAUUGCAAGUGAUUCGGAGGCAAAAUCACUGAAGAAGUCAUCAAAGAAGGUAGAUUCUAGUGGUAACAACUUAGAUAAAUCCUCUUCAAAGCAACUGGAGGAUAAGAAUAGGCUAGCUCGGGGUAAAGUUGCUCCUGUGAAGGAUGGAACAAAAAACUCAACCAAGAAUGAUGAUGAGGAAGUGAUUGGAUCUCCAAAGUCAGUGAAGCCAAACAAACAAGAUUCUCACAAGGAGGGGACCCCUAAGACAAAUUCCAAGAGAAAGCAUAUGCCAAGUAAAGAAAAAUCUUCUGAUUCUAUGGAGUAUGGUGAGAAUCUUGUCGGCUUGAAGGUGAAGGUCUGGUGGCCCAAAGACCGUGAGUUCUAUGAAGGUUUUAUUCAUUCAUUUGAUUCCGCUAAAAAGAAGCACAAGGUGCACUAUAAUGACGGUGAUGAAGAAAUUUUAAAUCUUAAAAGAGAAAAGUGGGCUGUGAUUGAAGAUGAGUCAGGGUCAGAUGAGGAAGGUGCAGCAAAUCUACCAAGUCCUGAUGGUUCAUCUGACAUUGGCGGGCCUCAAAAGAAGAAGGCAAAAACAGCUGAUCCCUCGAGCAAGAAAGCUAAGAUGGAUGCUUCACCAAAAAGGGGUGGAGUAACUUCGUCGGGGAAAUCCAAGGGUAGUGCCACAAAGUCUGGUCGCAAAACAAAGGAAGAUGCUAAAGUGGAUGGGAAAUCCAAAGAUGGUUCCAAGAGUGUCAGUAAAUCUGGCAAUGACAGUGUUGCUAAGUCCAAGGAUCCUAGCACCCCCAAAACUGGCAGUAAACCAGUUGACAAUGCUUCAAAAGCAGACAAGAAGUCCAAGAAUGAGGAGAGUGGUGAAACACCGAAGUCUACGAAAUCCAAGGAUGAUGGAAGUGCCACACCAAAAGCUUCCUCAAAGUUAAAACAAGACGUUCCAAAGACGGGCAAUUCCAAGCAGGAAACCCCCAAAAUUUCGUCCCAAUCUAAGGGUAAGCCUCUUAAGAGUGGGGGCAAAUCCAAUUCUAAUGGCACUGGUAAGUCAAAGUCUGGUUCGUCAAAGGUGAAAGAAAGAGAAAGCAUGAAAGAGAGCUCAACUGAUUCAGGAAAAGUUGUGGGAAGUGUGAAGCGGAAAGCACCAAGUUUGUUGAAGGCGCAGGGAAGUGAUUCAAAGUCUGGAAAAAAGAGGCAAAGAUGAGUUGAAAGUCGCACCUACUGCAUUGUCAUUUGCCAAGGGUUGGUUCUUCUCCAAUGUGGAACUUGGGUGAAUUGUAGUAUUUAUUGUAGCAUUUGGGUAUUUGACGUAGAUCUUAGGUUUGUGGCUAGCAAAUAUUCGUAGUUAAUGCAGUUUAUAGUGGUUGUACUUUGUAGGGUUACGAUACCUUUUUUAUAUAGAUAUAGUUUUUUUUCCUUUUCCUUUAUUAUUGAUGCCAGGCGUUAGGAUCACAUUGGGUUUAGAGUUUUUGCCUUUGUACCAAAGAGUUGCUUCUAUAGAUUAACUGUGGAAGCAGUGGUGGCGUAUCCUUUUCUAUCGAAUGCCUUCCCCUUUUUAA